AUGUUGCGCUUUGACUGUGUAGAGCAACCGAUUUCCCGUUUUUUCUACAACUAUGGCCGAUAUUUGGCCAAGAAUCCGUUACCAUUCAUCGUAUUCCCGGUGCUAUUCACAUUAGCUAUGGCAGUAGGAUUUCUUCACAUGCAACCAAACACGGAUGCGAUUUACCUUUUCACACCGGUCGGAGCUCAGAGUAAAGUCGAAAGGCAGGCGAUUCACGAGAAAUGGCCUCUCAGCUAUGACAACUAUGUCGCUGGCCGUGCGGUCACACAAAAUCGAGAAGUUCAAGUGAGAAUAAAUCUUCAUCUUCCUUUACGACCUCUGAAUACUCUCGAAGUUGAUCCUUUACAGGUAAUCGCCUUGGCCAGAGAUGACGGUAAUAUCCUCGAGCAUCAUUACGCUGAAGCAGUCUUCCGGCUGGAUCGAUAUAUUCAAAAACGGUUUGUCUUUUCAAAGUACGCGUCCUCUAUAAACACCGCUACUACUCAUAUCACGAUUUAUGUCUUCAGUAUAAAA